UACCUGCAAAAUACACGACCCCGCCUGACACCGCUCCGGGCAGGGUCUUCACCCAGAAGUGUUGCUUCAACCACAACCUGCUUCUCGUUCCGCAGAUGCUGCCUCGGCUGCUGAAGACCUUCCAGCAUUUGUUUUGCUUUUACUUCAGAAUAAACCCCAUUUUGAUAUCCGGUGCAUACUAAACGCGCUUCGAAUUGCUUAGUAGAAUGGCUUUUUUUUAGUUUUAGAAAGAAAAGCGAUGGUUUAAAAUGAUGUUUUCCAGUCUUGCCCUAAGCCAGUAUUGUGGGCGUGCUCGGGAUCUGAACAUGAUUCCUCGCUUAAAGAGGGGACUGCGUCAGACGGUGCGAGAGGCUUGAAUUCUCCGCUCCAACCUGGAACUGUGUUACUGACCAGAGGCUAGUACAAGCACCCUUGAAAACUUCGGAUCCCCCCCGUCCCCUGGAGCCACUCGGAGCAAGCGGCAAGUGACUGAAGACUCUCUCUUGUCAACCACCACGUCCGGGAAACUGCGGCGGCAUCUCUGCCGGGAGCUGCUAGUCGGUGGGCUUUAACGUUUGCUGGUGGACGGGUGUGAUAUUGUUGUACACGGCCGGUGCGUUACUGCCGCCGCCUAUGUAUGUGUGAGUGUGCGGCCAUGACCCACGGGCACCAGGCUCCCCCCGGUCCUACCAUCACGCUUUCUCUGCGUCCUGACUCGGAUCUCUCUCUUUAAAAGGGGUGUUACAAGUCACUGUCAUCGCGAAGCUGGGCUUCGGCCCCCGAUGUGUUAUAAGGUUCAGCUCAGUAACGAGAGUCCCGAAUGCAGAACUCCGCGAGCCGCAAGAAAACCAAGCCCGUGGUUUCUUCCCUCGGUUCGUCGAUGAUAAAUGUCUAUUUUUUAUUAAUCCGUCGAGGAGUUUGAAUAAAGUGCACCGGGGGAUCGUUUGCAGGUGUUGCAGUUAUUAGCAAUAAGCAGCCCGGCAGUGGGAGUGUACGGGAGACGCGAGUGUAACUCUAGCCGAGAAGUCAGCGUUGUGUGUGCAAAGGCAAUGGUCGGCGGGAGGCGGCAGCGAUGCUGAGCAGCGAUCUCACAGGAGAGACAUGUCGCUACUAGGGUUUACACGUGGAGGAAGGGCUUCGUUGGAGAGGAGAUUUGGUUUGUGAAGCGAAACUGAAAGAACCCCCUCCCCAUGGCUCCGCCAAGCAGCCGGAAGGAUGGCGACCGCUGGCCCGGCAUGUCUUCAACUUUCUGGGCAGUGAUGAUCAUCGCCAGCCUCCUGAUCGCGUACUGCAGUCAGCUUGCUGCAGGUACUUGUGAGAUAGUCACUCUGGACAAAGAUAGCAGUCAACCGCGAAGGACUAUAGCCAGACAAACUGCUAGGUGUGCAUGUAAAAAGGGGCAGAUUGCCGGCACAACGAGAGCAAAACCAGCCUGUGUGGAUGCACGUAUCGUAAAAACUAGACAAUGGUGUGAAAUGCUUCCCUGUUUGGAAGGAGAAGGCUGCAAUUUGUUAAUGAAUAAAUCAGGCUGGACCUGCACACAGCCAGGUGGCCGAAUAAAGACAACAACGGUAAGGAAGGGAUCCAAUCAACAGACAAACCAAACCAAGGCUGUGAUGAGGUCAGGAGUCAAGUGGUCAUAGUGGAACCCAAGCUGAGCAUCGGUGAAUUGGUCUCCUGACAAAUGCAUCAAGAAAGAAUCCUAUAGGAGCAGCUUAGAACUGCGUGAUCUAUUUACCCUGGCCAAGUUCUACUGCUGCAGACUCUCAUCUGUUGUAUGUUAUUUCCACCACUCUCUUUGGCUGUGUAUCAAAGAGCAUAAUCCCAUCUAUAACUUUUGAGCAAAGGUUUCACUCACUCUGAAUCUGUCAACUGGGACAACACUGUUGGUGGCCGAGCCAAGUUUGGAUAGCAGCAAUAUUGAUCAUGGUUGGAACAAUUUUCCCCUACAUUUCAACCGGUGUUGGACUACCCGUUGCCCUGUUGAUACUUCAGCCCACAAAAGCCUGUUUCAUUGAAGACUGAACUCUUUCCUUCAGCCCUGAACAGGUGGUGAAUCUUUGCUUCAGGUGGGACAAUGAUAGAAUUACAGAAGGCUCCUCAACAAAGACACUGUGCUUUUAUGUGUGUAACUCUUGACAUCUCUACAUCUAUUUCCUCAUCGUUGUUCACAAAACAGUAGACCAAAGAACACAAGGAGAAUGCUGACGUGGACACUAUCUCAUUUGUCAAUGAGCUUCACUGGUUUCAAUUGUAGUGGUUUCUGAAGGAUUUCUUCAGUUUUUUCAUAGAGCUGAAAUAAAUCAUUACUGGCUAGGGUAAAGUCUUUACUUGGAAAAAAAAAUAAAGUGAGUCCUGAUGUAAGAUGUCUAAGGAUCUAAUGGAGCGUGGCGAUAAAAAUAGUUUAUUUCCUGUCACUAAAGAGACACAUACGAACAUUGGCGCUGGGAGGAUAUCUUGCUCUCCCAUUUAGUUUGGCUGACUUAUUUCUCAUUCUUAAGUCAUGUUGUAUUUCAACCAGAAAGAAAGAACAAAUUGUGAACCGUUUGCAGCUCUUAUUUCCUUUCCCAGCACAAAAGUAGCUACUGUCAAACAGCAUUCGCAAUGAGCAUGUCUGGCUAUCUGCAGCCUGUGUCACAUUUCAAUCAACCAUCUACCGCAAGAAAAAAAAAGAUCAAAUUAGAGGAGAAAGUAACAUUUCUUGAUAACGGGAUCAUUAAAUGUAUUUUGAGAAACCUAAAGUUAUAUAUUUAACAGUUUUUAUAUGUUGUAUCUUUGUAGAAAAUCUUAUUUAACAAAUAACGUGGUCGUACUAUGCCAGCCUUGAAAGCAGUCAAGAGUUGUGUUUUAACUUCUGGUAUCUGUCAAAGAGAUGAUUGGUGUAUUUUUUUUUCCUUUGGACCAUUCUCGAUCUGAAAACUGACCACAAAGAACUCUGUAGAAACAAAAUGCUGUUUAUACAUCAAUACAUUCAACCAUUGCACUGUAGGAAGACAGUUCAUUUCUUUUAUGUACUGGUAUAAUAGAGUGGAAAACAUUUUAAA